AUGGCCGACCCUAAAGAUGCCGAGGCGCUCCAAAAUGCACACAGGGAAGAAAUGGAAUCCGUCGCCUCCAAGAUCAACGACGUGGCGGAGCAAAAGCUCCAAAACGGGAUGACCGAAGCCGCUAUGGACGCGGAACUACAGCAGCUUGAAGAGCAGGUGCACAUUCUCCCCAAAUCCCGCUUCGAGAUGACCUUGUCAAACCCUGCUACCUUCACCUACGUCCUCGUCGCUUUCGCGUCCAUGGGAGGUAUGCUAUCUGGUCUUGACCAGUCGCUUAUCAGUGGUGCAAACCUCUACCUCCCUGUUGAUCUGGGCCUGUCUUCAGCAGACAACAGUCUAGUCAAUGCUGGUAUGCCGCUUGGAGCCGUGGCCGGUGCUCUUCUCCUCUCUCCAGCAAACGAGUACCUUGGUCGUCGUAUGGCUAUCAUCGUCUCCUGCAUCCUGUACACUAUUGGCGCUGCCCUGGAGGCUGGCGCUAUCAACUUCGGAAUGAUCUUCGCUGGCCGAUUCAUUCUUGGAGCUGGUGUCGGUUUGGAGGGUGGUACCGUUCCAGUCUAUGUCGCAGAGUGUGUCCCCCGCAGACUCCGCGGUAAUCUCGUCUCCCUGUACCAACUAAACAUUGCCCUGGGCGAAGUCCUCGGUUACGCCGUCGCCGCAAUGUUUGUUAGUGUCGAAGGAAACUGGCGUUACAUCCUAGGCUCUUCACUGGUCUUCUCAACAAUCCUCUUCGUGGGCAUGCUCUUUCUACCAGAGAGCCCCCGGUUCCUAAUGCACAAGGGGCACGAGAUCCAAGCAUACGCAGUAUGGAAGAAGAUCCGUGGGUUCAACGAUCUUGAAGCCAAAGAUGAGUUCCUCGGUAUGCGUCAGGCUGUCACAGCCGAGAACCAAGAGCAAGCCCAGACGAAGAAGUACCCUUGGAUGGAUUUCUUCACUGUGCCUCGUGCGCGCCGUGCAAUGGUCUACGCCAAUAUCAUGAUCUUUCUCGGGCAAUUCACUGGCGUUAACGCGGUGAUGUACUACAUGUCAACGUUGAUGCAGGCAAUCGGCUUCGGUGACAAGGACGCCGUUUUCAUGUCUCUUGUCGGCGGUGGGUCACUAUUGAUCGGCACCAUCCCGGCCGUGCUGUACAUGGAGCGAUUUGGUCGUCGAUACUGGGCGAACGCGAUGCUUCCCGGUUUCUUUAUUGGUCUUGUACUCGUCGGAGUCGGCUACACUAUCGAUGCUGAUAAAUACCCCGCCGCGGCGCAGGGAAUCUACCUCACUGGUAUUGUGCUGUACAUGGGUUUCUUCGGCUCAUAUGCUUGCUUAACGUGGGUCGUGCCUUCCGAGGUCUUCCCCACGUACCUGCGUUCGUAUGGAAUGACGACAGCCGACGCUAACUUGUUUCUGUGCUCGUUUAUCGUCACGUACAACUUCACGCGCAUGAUGGAGUCUAUGCAUCGGAUUGGUCUGACGCUUGGGUUCUACGGUGGUAUUGCUGUCCUCGGCUGGGUUUACCAGAUUCUAUUUAUGCCGGAGACUAAGAACAAAUCACUUGAGGAGAUUGAUGAGAUUUUCUCUCUUCCUACUUCUGUCAUUGUUAAGCGGAACUUGAAGCAGACUGCGCAGAUUAUUUGGGACUUGUCACACUUUCGUCUUAAGGAUGUGUUUUCUCCCGAGCCAUACAAUUAA